AUGAGGAACGAGGGAUGUGGGAUGUGGAUGUGGGUGUGCUGUCUGUGGAUGCUAGAUGCUAGAAGGCCAGGAUGCCGGAUGAUGGAUGCUGCAGCAAAGACAGUUGGAAAUCGGAAGUUGGGGGCGAGAAGUGAUGUAAGAAAAUCUACCGAUCCCUCUCCCAGAACCAGAAAAGGCUGCAUGGUGGUUUGGCUUGGGGUCACCAUUGUCGAGGAUCCCGACAUCUUUCAAUCGGCCAGCACCUACUGUGGCAUUCCCAGUCAACCUUGA